AAUUGACAGAACAAAGAAACAGCAGGCCUAUUCUGCCGACCAUGAAUGAUGAAAGGUAUAAAAAGAGCUUCUGACGCGUGCCAGGUUUUCAGCUUCCCUCUCAGGUUUUUCUCCUCCUUUCCCCCCAUUCACUUUUUCAUUGUCAACUGUAAUCCUUCCUUGGACUGGUCUCCUUUCUUUCCGCGAAAGAAGCAGUUUUUGUAGCACGCUCUUUCCUUCACUAGUCUUAUCCAAAGCACUCUUUUUCUCCCAUUUCUUCUCGAAACCACCCUAGAACUGCCAGUCAUGUUCUCCAAAGUUUUCGCCUCUCUCUCCGUGCUUUUGGCUAUUUCCGUCCAGGUCAAUGCGCAUGCCGCCAUUGCCCCUGCUCUUGGCGUCGAUGGAACCCCUGUUCGCGCGGACGUUCAGAGACCUUCGACUGCUAGCCCAUGUGGUACUGUGAAUGUGGCUUCAACCCUUGACACAUCUACUCCUGUUCAAGCUGCAGCGGACGGGACUUUUACUGCCACCGCUACUGACUUCAAUGCUGGUGCUGACGGAUCGCGGUCCGUCACUGCUAAGGUUGAUCCUACUGCUCAAGGAAAAACAUUUAGCACUGCUGUGACUGUUUCUCAGAACGGAGAUGCUGCCCCUACAACAGUCGGCUCGGACCAAAUUGUUGCUGCUCUUCCUGCAGGAACCACCUGCUCCGGUGGAACUGCUGGAAACCUUUGCUUAGUCCAAUUUACCACCACGGCGGGUUUCGGAAACUGCGUAGUGGUAGCCCAGGGUGCUGCCACUGGGGCUGCUGCUGCUAACACGACCGCGGCUGCUACCAACGGUACGACCACCGCCGGGACCACAGCCACUAAUGGCACUACAACGGCCACUAACGGUACCACCGAUGCAACAACCGCAGCGAACGGUACCACAGCAGCAACUACCACUACUACAAAGCAUCAUCACCACAAGGCUGCUGCUGCCCAGGCUAAAGUCAACAAAAUUGAGUCUCGUGGCGAGGAAGCCCUUCACGUCGUCAAACGUGGUGUUUUAAGUUGGGUUUGGGCUUAAACUCGAAGAAACGAGUGUGGUUCGGAACUGAAAAAAGUGUUUUCUCUCACGUCGUAAGAUCCUAGUGAUUGUACUUUUAUGCGUCAAUGAAAAAGUGAUUUGGGGUUAUU